ACGUCGUCAGUCGUAAUCAUUACGAGCUUGACACGCUAACUGAAAUUUUUAAAAGAGACUUAAGUGACUUUCAAGAUUUAGUGCAAGUGAGGAAAACUAGCAAGUGACGCGUGUUGGCUGGUCGAAACUAGUAUCUUUCCCGGUAACCGUCCUAAACUACAAAUAAUCAGACGCAUUGUAACAAUGAGGGACGAGCGUAGCAGCACCCCUCGCGUCCGCAUCGCCGUCAUCGGCAGCUCACGAGUUGGCAAGUCCGCUCUUAUUGUGAGAUACCUAACAAGGCGAUACAUCGGAGAGUAUCACUCCAACACAGAUCUCCUUUAUAGACAGACAGUGCCUAUUAACGGUACUCCAGUGGAAUUAGAAGUUAUAGAUGUUUCCGGAUCCAAUUCAGACAAAUUUCCCACAGAACAGAUCCAAUGGGCAGAUGCUUGCCUGCUGGUGUACUCGGUGACAGACAGAAGCAGUUUUGAAUACGCCACUGAGGUGCUGAGUGCUUUGAAGCGUGCGCCACCAAAUGGCGGCAGUCCGGCCCAUAGCGCCGGUGGAGCGGCUGCACAAAUGCCACUUGCUCUGCUCGGCAACAAGACUGACUUGGAUCAUCUGAGACAGGUUCCCACCAAAGAAGGUCAAACCCUAAGCGCAACAUAUGGGGCAUCGUUCAGCGAAGCUAGCGUAGCUGACAACUCCGGUGAUCUCUAUCGCUGCGUCGAUAAACUACUCGCUGAAGUGCGCACUCCUCAGCGUACGCGCAAAUUUUCUGUUACCAAAAUGCUUGGCUCACUCAUAGGUGGCACGACGAACAGUGCCCAUACAAGCCGCAGUGGUUCAAUGGUAGCGUGCCCACGUGUGCCCGCUCCGUCGCGGCCAGCGCUUGCGGCGGCUGCACCCUGACCGACGGCGGCGCCCGCACACCGUGCGCGCUGAUGCCUUGCCGGCGCCGGCGCCGUCUGGCUCUCCUGCCUGCCUGUGCCCGCUCGGUUCACCUCUCCUGCGCCAAUCUCGACUUCAGUGUUCACCGCAGUAUGAGGGACUUCUUUGUGAUAUCGUGCUCCAACAUACAGGCUAAUUAGUGGCAACCUUUAAGAUCAAAUGUACGGAUGAGGAAUUACUUUGUACGUACUAGACAAAACCAUUCUCUAAUGGUUAUUAAAAUAUAAAUGACCAACUCAGUAAGACCAGGCUGUCGUAGAAUUGUAUUGCACCAAAGAAUUUUAAUUGGACCUAGUCAUAAAUGGCGCACUAUGUAUGAUAAGAAAGUUAUUUUGGCUUUAAUUUUAUAAGUUGCGUGACUUUGCCUAAUUUACAUGUACUUAUAAUGAAUUAUUAUAUUAGUAUUUAUGGUAAAAAUACUCAAAUAGUGUGAUGAACGUCAGUUAAUUUUAAUUAGAAGUUAUGACAAUAAUGUAAUAAAAUAUUUACAAAAUCCG